CCAGGCCCAAGGCGGCGCUGACGGAGGCGGGCAGUCGAGCCGCCCGCUGCACCUGGCCCGCCCGCGUCUCCGCGCCAAUGCAGCAGACCAGCGCCAACGCGGCGUGCAUUUUCUCUCCAGCCCGUCUGUCGUCACUUGGCUGCGUCUCGCCAUGCACCCGCAGCCCCGACUCUGACAACGAGCCCGCGCCUGCGCACGCCCACGCCCUCGCCCGCGCAUACGCCCACGCCCUCGCCUCUCCACACCAUGAGCAGCAUCAACGCCCUCCUCAACCACGGCGCGCCCGAGCGCCGCCCCAGCCUCGACCCGCUCCAGCCGCCGCGCGACGCCGCCGACGCCCUCACCACGCUGGCCACCCUCGGCAGCGGCCAGCAGUACGCCGCGCCCGAGUCGACCGUGUCUGCGUCGACCGCCACACCAGCGUCGACCCACGCCGCGUCGCCGCCCGCCCGCCGCCCCAGCGUCGCCCACGCGCCCGUCGAGCCCGCGCCCACAGACCCGCCCGCCGCCCGCUCGCCCUCGCUCGCCCACUACCACCACGCCCAGCACUCGCCCGAGGAGCGCCGCCGCCGCCAGUCGCUGCUGACCGACCCGGCGCCCGUGCUGGCCCCGAUGCUGGAGCCUGCAGACCGCGUCAAGCACGAGGAUCCUACAGACCGCGUCAAGCACGAGGAUCCUACAGACCGCGUCAAGCACAAGCCGCACAUGGAGGACCAGGACGCGUCGGCCGUCAAGGAUGAGCACACUGUCACGGACGAGCACACACGCGAGGCCUCGCCCGCCAGCCAUCCCGCCCAGCCCUCGCCUGCCAGCCUCAAUGACUCCAACACCCUCGACGCCGACACCCUCAAGGCCAUCGAGGCCGCCAAGGCCGACCUGGGCCUGCGCGCAAAGCGCCCCGCCAGCGUCGCCGACAGCGUCUCGCCCAAGCCGUCCAAGAAGCGCCCCGCGCCGUCGGCCGUCAAGAAAAAAGGCACCGCCAAGACCAAGCCGUCCAAGAAGCGCCGCAUCGACGACGAGCGCUCCGUCACGCCCACGCGCAGGAAAAAAGGCUCGCAGGCCGGCACGCCCCUCCCGUCGUCGCCCGCGCCCGACGACGACGACCACGACGACGACGACUCGUCCGAGGACCACAACCUGUACUGCAUCUGCAAGAAGCCCGACAACCACAAGUGGAUGAUCGGCUGCGACGGCGGCUGCGACGACUGGUUCCACGGCGACUGCGUCAGCAUGAAGCAGGCCGACGAGCACCUCGUCGACAAGUUCAUCUGCCCGCUGUGCGAGGCCGCCGGCAAGGGCCACACCACCUGGAAGCCCAUGUGCCGCCGCGACGCCUGCCGCCGGCCGGCCCGCCCCGCCGACACCAGCAAGUACUGCUCCGACGACUGCGGCGUGCUGUUCAUGCAGGAGCAGCUGCAGCGCACCGCCGGCGCCAAGCCCAAGAAGAAGAAGCCCGCCCACGACGACGACGAGCCCACGCCCCUCGGCGGCGUCCUGCGCGCCAAGGACCUUAAGGCGCUGGUCUCUGCGUCCCCCAACAUCGCCGCCUUCCGCGCGCUGGGGUCCGGCGUCCUCUCCCCGCCCCCCACCGCGUCCCCCACCCGCCCCGACUUCCCCCCCGACGCCCUGACCCCCGCCGAGACCCUGCGCCUGACCGCCCUGCAUAAUGAAAAGAGCCAGCUCAACGACCGCCUGCAGCUGCUCAAGGACCGCGAGCGCUUCGUCUCGCAGGCCAAGGAGCGCGCCGCCCGCGCCGCCGAGCGCGAGAAAGUCAAACCCAAGGACUUUUGCGGGUAUGAUGCCCGGCUCGCGUGGUCCGACGCUGAGUUCCUCGCCUGGCGGGAUAGCGCUGCGGGGUGUGCCGCUUUUACCUCUUCCUCUACACCUGAUCCCACAGCGAUGCAAGAUCCCGCAGCGCAAGACGAGGAGGACAUCCCCCUCUGCAUGAAAAAACGCUGCGCGAAGCACCCCGCGUGGCAGAAACUCAAUCUGCAAGACGCGCGGUUCGAGGAGCUGGAGGUUGUCGAGGCCAUCCGCGAGUGCGAGAAGGAAGAGCGCAGUGUCAGGGAGCGCGCAAGGCGGAGGGGCGUUAAGGAGGGGAUGGCGCGGGAGAUUACGGGGGGGGAGGGGCGGAGGGGGGAGGGGUGGGUCGAGGUUGUUUGA